CUCACAUCUAAGUUGGUAUUCUAGAAUUUUUAUAUUACCAUACUGCAAACAAUCAUCAAACAACAUGGACGACGAAUUGGAAGCUAUUAAAGCACGCCGCAUGGCAGAAUUACAGCAACAGUAUGGGGCUGGUGGUGGAGGUCCAUCGGCUGAAGAGCAGCAAGAAAGACAGAGACAACAGACCGAUAUGAAAAACAGCAUCCUAAGUCAAGUUUUAGAUCAAUCGGCUCGUACUAGAUUAAAUACAAUAGCUGUAGCAAAACCUGAAAAAGCUAAAAUGGUAGAAAGUAUGUUAGUUCAAAUGGCUAGAACAGGCCAAAUUCAAAAUAAGUUAGGUGAAGAUCAGUUAAUAGGACUUUUAGCCCGUGUUAGUGAACAAACACAGAAUAAAACCACUGUUAAGUUUGACAGAAGAAGAAUGCGCCUGGAUGACUCAGAUGAGGAUUAAAUUGAAGUUUUAAAUUAUGAAAAAAAAAAAUGUUGAAAAAGAACAGUGAAAUGAAAAAGAUCAAAAUGGGAGGAUAAAGAACUGUUUUUGCUUAUAUUAAGUACCAAAGCCAGUUCAAUUUGAAUGUAUGAUUUGCUUUUUUUAAAGAUAUGUACAAUUGAUUCAUUAAUACACAUCCAAUAUAGAGAAUUUAUUAUCCCAACAAACCUUGAAGACUUCAUCAUACAUUGUUUACUUUAAUAUUCUCAUCGAAAAAGUUUGUCAGUUGGACUACCAUAUUUACCAAGACAAGUGGUGUAUUGUGCAUGAUUUUGUGAUUCAAGGUGUAUCAUAUUUGCCUUAUGCUAAGCAAAUACAUGCUGGAUAUAGUCAGCUAAAAUAUUAUUUGUUUUGUGUUAACCCUUUUUAUGAAAAUUAUAUACAAACUUUGUGGUAUCUGUCAAGAAGUGAAAUUCAAAAACCGUCAGUAUAACUAAGAUACCUUUCUUUGUCAUGCCAAGAGUGACAAUAUAAUGGAGAUAUCUAUACCGUUGGUAUUGCGUAAUUUACUCAUACAUCGAUAUGUAUGAAUAGAAGUAUGUAAAUCUGUGUUACCCUUUUAAGUAUUCACCAAAAACAACAACCAUUUUAGAAGAUUAAUUACAUGAUAUUUGGUUAAAAUGAAUAUACUCCAUGUCCAUUGUAAUCAUUCUUUGGUCUUUAUAUAAUAAAAAAUUCUUUUAUUAAACUGUCAGAACACCCUCAAAGUCCCCAUAAGCACAGAGCAACACAUGUGUUAGUUUCCCUGUAAAAGAUUAAUAGAACAACAUAAAGAUUAAUUUUAAUGACAGGUCUGCUAUGUUUGAGGUUUGGAGGUGCAUGUAUCUUAAGCAAAAUGAAAUAGGAAAGGUCUACCAUUGAUAUUCCUGUGUUAGGAUACAAGGGUCAUUGAUGGGUUAGGUUGCAUCUGUGGUGAGAAUCUGAAAUCACUCUUAAAUAAUUAUGGAAAAAUGUGGGUAAAAAUGUUUCAAUAUUUAAUUUAGCUAUAUACCGGUACAUUUAUAACCUUCCAUUAAAAUCCUGAUAUUCUGUAUUUAUAUAUGUAUAAAAUAUCUCUCAAUAAAAUGUUUUUAUUUAG